UUUCGCUAACGGAACGUCGCCGUGCUCUCACAAUGGGGAGCUGCUGGCCGUUUUCUUCUGGGAACUGACAUAAAAUAUGAUUCACAAGCUGCUGUGUAAUGAAGGAGCCGCCAUUCCGUCGUUGACGAGCCUUUAUUUGUGUGUAUAUACGGGCUAGUUGGCGCUCUCUGUGAGUUUACUAACGUUAGCUGACAGGCUAACUAGCGGGACGAGGGAACGAGCCUGCGGUUAUUAUACGCACGCAAAGAUCAUGGACUUCCCGGGGCACUUUGAGCAGAUCUUCCAGCAGCUGAACUACCAGCGGGUCCAUGGCCAGCUCUGCGACUGUGUGAUUGUGGUGGGUAACCGUCAUUUUAAGGCGCACCGUGCCGUGCUGGCCGCCUGCAGCACACACUUUCGUGCUUUGUUCACUGUGGCAGAGAGCGAAGCCAGCAUGAGCAUGAUCCAGUUGGACUCUGAGGUGGUCACCGCUGAGGCCUUCGCAGCCCUUGUGGACAUGAUGUACACCUCCACAUUGAUGCUUGGAGAGAGUAAUGUCAUGGACGUGCUGCUAGCUGCGUCACACUUGCAUCUAAAUACAGUAGUAAAGGCUUGUAAGCAUUACUUGACAACUCGGACGCUGCCCAUGUCGCCUCCUGGUGAGCGCGGCAGCCAGCACCAGGGUAGUCAGGCCGCUGCUGCAGCUAACUCUCGCCUCCAGCGCUCUUUUCUGUUACAACAGCUCGGGUUGAGCCUAGUAAGCUCCGCCCUCAACGGAGCAGAAGAAGGGAGUGGAGCCGGCAGAGGGCCGGGAUCAGUUUCAGGAAGUGGGCUGGUAGAGCAGCGAGAUUACCCCUCACGUCGCUUCCAUAAGCGCAAACAGGCCUUUUCUCUGAUUCGCUCUGAGGCAGAACGCUUGCGGCAGAGGCCACGCCUCUCUUCGCAGUCUGAGGGGACUCUGAUGGAAGGGGUGGGAGGAGCUGUAGGGGAGGAGCUUCUUUCCCCAGAUUCUCACAAUAAAGUCACAGACGAGGAUACCAAACUGGAUGUGGUUGCUGGCGUGGUUGCUAGCGAUGACAGUGAUUUGCUAGAAGGAAGAGACUACCGAAGGUCCAUGGGCCAGGAGGAUGUGCAGCUGCCUAGUCAAUCAGACGGCGGGAGAGUAAGCAGGGUGGAGCAGCCCUUGCUGUUGCCACACAAAGAAGAGUAUCCAGAUACAGGGCGUGUCCAUGGUGAGGGAGUACAGGUGAAGGAUGGAGGCGAGGAUGAGGAGGCACAGCAGGUGGUGGUGAAGAGCGAACCACUCAGUUCACCUGAGCCUAUCGACGAGACCAGUGAUGUAACCUCGCAGGCUGAGGGCAGCGACCAGGUGGAGGCUGUGGGGGAGAAGCUGGAACUGAGUCCAGAGGGCAGCGAGCAUAGCUUCAGUGAGCCCCAGCCGUGCGCCGACCUGCUCCUCACAGGAAGUAAGGGGCAUGCCGGAGGAGGAGAAAGAGGAGGAGUAGGGAGAGAGGAGCUCUCUUGCAGCGAGGCUCUGGAGUCCACCUCUGGAUUCCGCAUCUCCAGCUUCCUAAGCACUAAGAGCUUUGAAUGCAGUGCAUCAUCUUCAAAUCCAGCUGAAAAUGUUCCAAACACUACGACUGGAGACUGUCGGUUGGAUCGCGAGCCCUCUCGCCUCUUUUUCGGAUCGGAUUCGACCAGCAUGUCAUCCACCCUUCCUCCUUCUCAGAACCUGCUUUCUGGAGAAGCUCAGGAUGUCUCUGGCCUGUCGGCAGACGCUCUGGUCUUGCGCCCGUUCCAUGACGGGAUAGCGUCGUCGUCAUCUUCGUCCUUGGUGAACUCUCGAGGUGGAACAGCAGAACAGCUCACCCUUUCAUUCCAAAGGAACAGCUUGGGCUUGCAUGCCCUUCCACGAUUGUCCCGAGGUGGCUCCAGUGGGUUUCCUGGUUAUAGACGCAUUGCCCCUAAGGUUACACCAGGCGGCGCUUCAGUCCGCACAGAUGGUGGUAAUAUGCAAGAUGUUGCCUCAUCUUCGUCAACACUGCUAAAUGGUAUUAGCUUUGAUGGUUCAGUACCGGGAGGCCAACACGGAAACAACACCAAUUUGAAUCCGCCCCAGUUGACCCGGGCUUCUGCGGAUGUGCUGUCCAAGUGCAAGAAGGCGCUCUCAGAACAUAAUGUUCUGGUGGUGGAGGGGGCACGGAAGUACGCCUGCAAGAUCUGCUGUAAAACCUUCCUGACGUUAACGGACUGCAAGAAACACAUCCGAGUUCACACAGGAGAGAAGCCGUAUGCUUGCCUGAAGUGUGGCAAGCGCUUUAGUCAGUCUAGUCACCUGUACAAGCAUUCGAAAACAACCUGCCUCAGAUGGCAGAGUGCUAACAUGUCAAAUGCUCUUCUUUAGGUCUUUAGCCCAAGGCUUAGUAUUCUGUUAUUAACCUUACGGCUUGUUAUUUAUUAAGUACGCUGAAUUUUCCUGAACUGCUAUGAAACCAAUUUGAACUGUGCGAAAAGUCAGAGACCACUUUUUUGUUUAUUUAGUUUCCAGUCAAAAACGGCCGUUAAGUACAGGUUAUUCAUUUUUCAAGGUUUGAAAAUAAGGCAAGAAAACGUAUUGAACAAAAAAUUACACAAAAGCAUCAAUAACAAUUAGUUUUUCAGUAUUUAGUGUGUCCAUCCUUUGCAUUUACAGCUCUCAUUCUUGCUUUCGGUUUUUGAACGAUGUCUGCAGGGUUAUUUUUCCACACUUCAGGAGUCCAGUCUUAAAAUUUGGCUGCAUUUUCUGCUGCUCAUCAUCCAAGUAAUCGCAAACGCAUGAAAAGCCCAGUGGGUAGUCCAUUGUUCAUUUGGAUUCAUUUGUAGAUUUCAAUUUUUGUUCUUUUCUCAGCAACAGCUUCAUGUCUGCUGCCCCUCCUUUUAGAUUCAUAGUGUUGAAUUGCCUUCUCACGGUGAGAAGAUGGAUAGAAACGCCUCUGGAUUGUUUUUCAGAUCUGAUGCAAGAAAGGACCUAUAUGAAUCUCUGAAAGAUGAAAGCUUUAAGUGCUGUUUAUCUGGUGGGGACGGUUUUGAUGGUUUAAAACUGGUGCUUGUUGGAAGUCUCAUUUUCGUCUCAUCUUUUAAUAAUUUUUUUUAAAACUACAGUUUCGUACACUCCUGCUUCUUCACUUGUUGUCAUUUGACUUUCCCCUUGCUCAGAAAUAUCCUGAAAACUGAAUAACACGAUGGUCGUUUUGACUGUAAAUAAAAUGGAUACAGGGGGUCUCUGACUUUUGCACAGCACUUUGUCACAUAGUUAUGAUGGUGAGGGGUUGGCCUAUUCAUAUUCCACCCACCAAUGCAUUAUUUCAUAGCCACUGUAUCAGGAUUGGCCAAGCAUAACAGAAUGUUGAUAGAAUCCUCAUUUAGCAGAAUAUGCGAUCGUAGCACACAGCUCAGUUCUAGUCAAAAGACUUAUUGGUUUCAGAUGAUACUUUGUAUGAGUGUUAAAGAUCACGCUUUUAGCAUACACGGGUGUAUUUUUACAUUUUUUUGGGAGAAAUGAAAGGUUUCAGGGACUACCUUCUGCUUGAAAGCAACACGUUCACCACUUUCAGAUACUGUAACAUUGAUAGCCAGCAAAUUAACAUCGCAGCCUGCACCACUGUUCUCGUCAACGUUCUGUGAACUUGUCCAAGCUCACAACAAUAGCUACAAAGACUGUAUUUGUGGGUGGAGCCUGUAUAGGUUAAUUGAAAUGUGGUUUAAAGGCUUAACUAAAACACAUCCAGCAUAGCACAUGUAGGGCAGCAGAACAAAUAUGUGCCUAGUAGCCUGCUUUAGCUUGCAAACACUGUGUCAUCCAUACUAGGCUUGGACGAUAUUUGUUAAUAUUUUUGUAAUGUCAGCAGCCAUGAUCGAUAAUGUUUUUGCUUCAAGGCAGUGACAACUUUGCUGUAUGUUGAACACAGCCAGGCCUACAUGAACACACUUUCUCUCAAAUUAUUAGAGCUAUACUAAUUAUUUCUGUGGCAGAUGUCAGUGAUCUGUUUUUUAAGUUAAGAUUAAGUGAGCCCACAAUUAGUCCCACACCAGGGAAAUUUCACCUCCGCAUUUAACCCAUCCGUGAAGUGAAACACCACAUACACACUGGGGGGCAGUGAGCACACUCGCCUGGAGCGGAGGGCAGCCCUAUCCGCAGUGCCCAGGGAGCAGUUGGGAGUUAGGUGACACCUCAGUCAUGUACUGUCGGUUCUGGGGCUUGAACUGGUGACCUUCCAGUCACAGCCCAUAACUGCAGUAAAGAAACCACUGCGCACACACACACCAUGUUACGUCCUUCAGUUUUAACACAAGCGUCUUGCGUGGUGCAGCCUAAGCAAGCAUGUUAACUGUUGCUAAAGUCUAAGCCUCCUUCAGAUCAGUUAAAUAGCUUUCUAGUAGAGAGGGUACCACUUUUCCGAUAGUGAAACCUUCAGUAUCAGCCAAUACCUUGUUCUUCUUUAAAAACUACUAAGCUGUAAAAUGAGCUAUUUUUAGUUUUAGAGGUAAUUCACUUCAGAUGAUGAUCUAAAAGUAGGCCAUCUUGCUCAAACUGCUCACACUCUACUACUGCACAGGAAGAAAUACAGAGCUAACCAAGUCACAUCACACAGAGUGCAUAUGUGCUAUUUCCUAAUAGCAAUACCUGGUUCCACGUCAGUGCCGUGUUUAUGUUGUAAUAGCUCAUGUAAUUCCAGUUCUUUUUAAGUUACUUGCCGUCAGGCCUUGAGUGAGAAAGCCAACAGUGCUUAAAGUAAACUGCUUAAUGUUUUUUUGUUUCUAUUGGGGGAUUCAAUAGACACUUUUGGAAAGUGAAUAUCGAGCAACUCUAGUUCAUGUUGUACUGUAAAAGAGCUGAAAAUGCUCCAUAUGUUUGAUGGCAAAACAUACACAUAUACAGUCCUGCAAAAGUUUGGGUGCCCCCUGAUCAACAUUUUUGUUGAUUGUCUAAGGGAAAAUGUAAACACAUCCUCUACGUUUUAAUACAUAAUUACUGUUUAUUUACUGAAUUUAACAUAUGGAUAAAAUAUAAACCAUAAAAUGUGGUUCUUGUAUGUUUUUAGAAAACAAUUUUGGAAGGAAAUGUCAUUUGUUCCCUGCAGAGGGUGUGUUAACUUAUUUUCACUUAAAUCAACAAAAACAUGUCAUUUGACCAGGGGUGUUCAAACUUUUGCAUACAGCUGUACACAACCAUAUGCUUGAUGGGUCAUAAUGUCUGUAUAUAGUGCCAAGUAACUAACCAACUUCUACCCACACAGAGUUCUUAAGAGUGCAGACACAAGCCUGUUUGCCCGCACUGUAGCAACUAAUGCUGUUGAUAUUUCUUGUAAUACAUUUCCUGUUGAGAUAAGUCUCUUUUCUGAGAUCUGAGUCAGAAUGUUUCAUGCCAACCAGCCUAUAUAUCAUUUUGAGAAAUAUCAGCCUUUCUAGGUGCACAAGGCUGGAUUUAACAAUAUGAAUAAAAAUAUAAAAAAUUAAUGUUAAACUGUGUCUUACAGUGAUAAGUGAGGCCCAUGAGCUGGUAAAAGGGCAGGAGGUUCCAUCAGGUUCUUAAGCCAUGUCGCUUGUUGGCAAGGUGUCUUCAUGGUCAGCUCGGAUCUAGAUAGAUGUGUUGUCUGUUGUUAAAGCUAUGUGUUGCGCGGGUACGAGUGGAUUAGACACACCUUGUAGAGAUAAAGUCAGAGACGAUAGCUCAUCUGCUGCUGCAGUUUGUGUUGGUCAUCCUCUAGUCUUUCAUCAGUGGUCACAGGACGCUGCCCACAGGACGCUGUUGACUGGAUGUUUUUGGGUGGUGGACUGUUCUCAGUCCAGCAGCACUGGACUGUCUGAUCCACCCAGACCAGCGCAAAAUACACUAACACACCAUCACCACGUCAAUGUCACGACAGUGCUUAGAAUGAACGCUCCCCCCCCAAAUAAUACCUGCUCUCGGGGGGUCCUGUAGGGGUCUACUAUUGAAGAGCAGGCUAAAAGGAAACAUCGUAACAGAUUCUUGACAGUUUCUAUCCCGCCUCUUAAUUGAAAGCGCCUAUAAAAUGGUGGUUAAAAACCUGGGAGCAGUGGCAAAAAUCCAGCUUCGAGAAAAUAGCCUGGUUGCGUUCCCUGUACCUAAAUCAGUUGGAUCCUGCUUGUUGAUUGUUGUCUGUUUGUGCUGUUUAACUGUAUCGUUCUCUGUGGACUAGGGAUGUCCUGAUCCGAUGUGAAACAUCAGUAUCAGAGCCAAUGGAUAGGUAAGCCUUAAGCUUUAAGGCCUGCCCAGCUUGGAUCGAUUAAGGCAGAAAUGGGAACUCAAGUAGGUAACUCUGACUUGAGUUGCACUUUGACUGACUCGCAAGUCGGCUUGCACUCGCCUUUAACUGUCUCAGGAUUCAUGUCAAACUUAGUGGUUAAUAAAUAAAACCUGUCAUUUCCAAAAUUACCCUGUCAGUUUUUCUACUGUCAUAAGCAGUCAUUACCGCUAUGUUGCUCUUGCAGCUUGCAGCAGCACCAGGUUCAAAAGGGUUCAAACAGCGAACCUUUCGUUAUAGAAGAAUCUUCAGUAUGAUGGACAGUAUGAAGCACUACAUGCAGUGUCUAAAGGAAGGGGGCUGCAUUAAUUUGAAACGGUUGGCUAGCAUGUAACUGGUACACCACAUCCUUUUAAAAUCUAAAUGAAAGUUUAGACUUAAUUGUUUAUUCUACCAACUUGCUAGAUUACAUGUUGUAUAAACAGACUUACCAAGUUGUUUUGCCUCUUCCCUUGAGACACUGCAUUUACAAACUUGUAAUACGAAAACUGCACAUGGCCCAAAAGCAACUCUGAAGUCCAUGAUAGGCUCCUGAGUGGUACAGCCGUCUUAAGCAUUGGCCCUGUCUUCAGGAAAUCGCAAGUUCAAUCUCCAGUGAUGCCACAACAAUUCCUGGCUAGGAGGUGAUGCUAACAAACGUGGGCGUCUGUGGGCUGAAAUAACAGAAUUUGCUGUCUCCUCCAAGCGUGUUGAGCUGUUCAAUAACAAUGGCAUUUUAAAAAGAUGUGAUGAUGCUUCACAUGUUAGUAUCCACUCUCCUAAUCUGGUGUAAGGGGAGAUCUAGAUUAACGCAUGGAAAUUUACUAAAUUGACGAGAAAAGUUGGGUAAUAAUAAUUCAAAAGCAUUGGUUCAGUGCGUCAUUGGUAUCAGUGUCACACUCCUGUUAUUUUCUGUAGCAGUGGACUGACAGCCAAGCCUAUCAUACCUAAACUGGUUCGUUUACUGUCUUGAAUGAAGUUGCAAUUUGUGACUGAUCUACAAAAGCAGAAAAUAUGAAAUGACGCUCUGUAUUGGCCGAUACUGAAUAUUAGCUGGCAGUGGAGGCCAAAGAGCUAGUUCAGGACAUCCUUGGUCUGGACAGAAAGUAUUGUAAUUGCUGUGCAGUGGAACAGGGAGCUGUUCUUAUGUCGUAGUCCUUUGUGGUAUUGGGUCAGUUGUUUAGAACCGUUUCCAAACAGGCUUUUGUUGAGCGCACGUGCGGUUUGCGUCUGUGAACGCGUGAGGCCAGUGUGCAAGUGGUCAUUCGUUUUUAAGGGCUGAAAGAAAGAAGUCACCACAGUGUAAAUAUAGCACCUUCAACCUUUUACAGCUUUAACUUCAUUUCUCUAUAAGAGACAGAAGGAAAAAAAACUUUUAAGCAACGUGAGAAGAUAAACAGAUCUACAAGUUUGAACUGUGUUUGUAAUGUUGUCGAGUCCUUUUCUUAAGCGCUGUUAUGGUAGGCUUAUACCAGCGUGCUAGUCUUAUAUGCUAAUCAUGAGCUUGUGGUUGUACAGCUGUAUGAGGAGAAAAGUGCUCAGAAAGGAGAUUUAAAUGGAGAUAAAAGACGUAAAUCUAAAUGUAAAGUAAUGUUUCUGUCAGUAAGGCUAAUUUUGCUGACAGGGAAAAUGAAUAGACAGAAAUGUGAACGUAGGUAACUGGCCGUUUCUAGGCCAUUUUUGUUAGCAACGUUAGCAUUACUGACAGAAACCUUUAGCCGCUUAGAUCAGGGGCGCGCAACACUUUCCGUUUACAAGUUUCAGAAGAAGAACUGCAACACAUUUUGUUAUAGAAAGCUAAUCUUUGUCCAGGCUAAAAAGAGUUCAGUGGACUUCAUGUGCUCAGUCUCUGGUCCUGGUUUAGAGGCUGCUUGCAUUAACACAUACCAGCUUACUGAUAAGCUUUUAAAGAUUUUCAAGCAUUUCAAUAAAAUUGUAUAUGCUUUCCAUGUUUGUUUCUUAGAAAAAUCCAUAUCUUGCCUAUAUAAUGGGUUUUUUUGCUUUUAAUGCACUGUAAACGUACUAAAUCAGAAGUGUGUUAGCAUGAAGUAUUAGCACUGUGUCGCUGACAUUCCUAUGGUGUCAUUUAACAUGUACUGUCAGUUACUUUUUUUAUGCAAAAACCUGAAUCUGAAGUACCUGAAAGGACCUUAAUGUUCCAAGAAACUGCUAAGAAUUAGACUUGAAUAAUCAGUCGUUUUUUUGUGAGCGUCAAGAAGGACAAUGAGGAAAAAGAGAAAUGGGGUGUAAAAAGAAACUGAUUCCUGCUGAGAGACAAUACAAAUACGACGAUUGCCUUAAGAGCUUUUAAGCUGUGGGACGGAGACCUAGAAACGUCAAAAGAAACGGAGGUUUGAUUGGUUCUUGUGCACUUACUGUAUCGUUAUCUCAUACUGUAGAAAUAAUCAUGGUUUUUAACCUGUUAAGAAACCAACUAAAGAUGUAGCUCUGAAUAAAAACAGCUGUUAAUACA